AUGGCUCAAGCAGAUUUAAGUGUUGUAGCACAGCUUCGAAAGACCAUUUUAAACAUAGGUCUUUUUCCACGUGGUUGUCGGGGAUUUCGUGAUGGCCUGGAAAAACUUGAUCAUUUAUUUACCUCAUCAUAUGCAAAACAAGGAAAAGAAAUACUUAAACUUGUGGCAGAGCACCUAGAUCAACAUGUUUUCAAUUCAGCGAGCAAUUAUUUCGAUAACGAAGCUCCAUUUCAACUCGAUGAAGCAUUCUGCUCUGGAAGUUUCAGUGAAGGUACCAUGAGAAUGAAUUUGAAUAAGAAAUUACUUUCAGAUACAGAUUUCAUGUUUGUAUUAAAGAACAUAAAGGUAACUGAGGAAGACCAGAAGAAGGGAAAGUUAACAGUGAAGGAAGACACGCCAUUUGUGACUUUAUUCCUAACAGAUGACGCACUUAUUAAAACGUGGGCUGAUUUCCUGGAAACGUCAACUCAACCAGGGUAUGAAAACAACGUGAUACUUUCCUCAAUGAAACUCAAAGAAAAGUUGAGACAAAGGUAUCUCAGUUACGGACCAAUGUUUACACCACUUGCAGAAGAAGACGUUGAUAUAGUUGAUGAAGGACCUUCCAUCGCGGUCGUGUCUUCACUUCCUGAAAAGGGAAAAGUGCCUGGUCUGCCUGAGUGGAUUGUACCAACUGAGUAUUUUGAUUUUGUUCUAGCUAUCAAGUGUGAAGGAUGGCCACUUUGUGCCCAAGAAUGGCCAAAUCGAUCAAGAUGUUGGCCUACGCAAGAUAUUGUCCACAAAAUCAUUAAAGAUGGCUUCCAUAUUGUCUGCAAGAGUUCUGUCAAAGGAACCUUCAGGCUCUCAUUUUCCAACGCGGAAAGAAUUCUCGUCGGAAACCUUACUGAUCUACAACAUAAAGUAUACCGUGCUCUCAAAGCCUUUGUACAUCAUUAUAAACAUCAGUGGAGUCCAAAUAUCAAAAAUAUAUUUUGUUCCUAUCACUUGAAGACAAUUGUGUUGUGGUAUUGCGAGAAAUCUGGACCGAGAGGCUGGAGUGAAAAUACAGUUGUCAUUCAUUUGUUGUCACUUAUAGAUGAUCUGAUAAUGGCUCUGAGAGAACGAACGUUGCCAAUGUACUUCAUGCCAAAGUAUAAUUUACUUGAACACAUGGAAGAUGGAAAUGACGUCGCUGAUAAGAUAAUGGAAUUGCGUUGGGAUAUUGGUCAAAUUUCCGAUGGGAUAAUUUCCGAAGAACCAGACAAAGAAGCAGCGUUUAAUGUACUUAAAAGCAUGGAACUCGAUAAAGUGUAUCAAAAAUGUCUAGAGAAGGGGAGAUUUGAAACCAACGACUUUAUUGAACAUUUUAAUGAGAGAUUAAACAGCAUGAAUGAGUUUUGGAUGGAUACUGUUGGUCGUUUGCCAUCUAGACCUAGAAAUGACGUGGUAGGCAACAGAUCACUGAGUGCGUCGCAAGAGCCAAUGAUGAAGUUGUUUACUGACACGUGUGAAAUUAUUAAUAUUCUUGCGAUUCCAGUCAAACAAGCUUAUGAUUUUGAGAAAGAAAACAAGAUUGAGCAGGCGCGGGAGAUCUAUUCCAACAUGCUCGUGGAGUUGAAUAACUGGGAAAUGAAGAGGCAGACCUUAACCAGCGUUGAAAAACAAGCAUUAAAAGAUAUUCGUGACUUCAUACAGGGCAAAAUUCUCUUUCCACAAAAUUAUAAAUGGUUCUGAAUUAUAAACCGCUACUGACGAUAGUUGUGAUUAUAUAUAGUUGUGUACAGGUACAGGCGUUAAACAAGAGUAAUACUAAAGGAUAUAGGUGAAGAUUAAAGGGGGCAAUAAUACAAGAAACUGUAAACAUAUUUUUCUGCAUGGGUGUGAUAAGCAAGGG